UUGCGCAAACAUUACGCUGCAAGGCGCGCAUUAACACAAACUCAUCGCCCGUGGGCUUGCCCCUCUCCCAAAGAACGUGGGCGUGAACGCCAUCGCCUUUGACAUGCCACCCGCGGAGCUGCCACUCGCCAUGUACUGCGGAGGGCUACUGGGUAAGCGGCCGGCUCAUAGAAACGUCAGAGUUACGGGUAACUCAUCACCAGACCCAUCACACUCACUCCUCAGCUCGCCGUCAUUUGGCUUAAAACGGAUGGCGAAGAAUGGGACGCCGUCUUCGAGCUGCUGCUUGACGUCGACGGUAUGUCUCUGCGAAAUGGCGCUUGCGGGGAGACCACUGCUUGUCCCCUGCGCCACUCACUGCAUUCUAACACCCACCCCUCGAGAAGCGCGCACAAUCACCACCGCUAGGACUUGCGCUGUUGUGCGCCCCCGGAAUGCACACGUCCGCGAGCACCCGCUUGUCCGGCCGCCCACGAUGGAGGAUGACGACUUUGUCAUCGACGCCGUAGGCAAGCGCACGUCCGUGCUCGGCGAGUGCAGAAAGCGAAUGGUUCCCUUCGUGUGGCCAGGGCGCUGAACGCUCACAAGGAUACGUUCGGCCUCAGUGCCGCUGUGCCGGUGGCAGGCGCUGUUAACAGUGAUGAGGUGCACAGCAAUGUCCUCAUACCCAACCGGUGUGUGGGCAUGAUAUCCGGACGAGGAGUGGCGAGUGGCUUGGACAUGAUGUCAGGAGCAAUUGGGCCUCACCAGAGCGCUUUCUCUUCUUGGUAUCACGUGUCGCUACGCGGUACAUGUA